AAGAAGCGUUGAUAGUUGCUUUUGACUAGAUCCAAUAACAGUUGCAGCGCCACUGGGGAUUUUAGUAGACCUUUAGACAGGCUUUUGCUGUUAUUCCGUCCCUCCGAAGAUCACGCGUUGUUCAAAAGUAUCACUUAUUUUUGACUGAAAUCAACUGCGUAAUUUGUCCAGAUCAGAUUUGGAAACAUCUCACGAGAGUUCAUGGUCAAAUUAAAUUCUAGACGUUACUUUUGAAAGAAUGUAUUCGCGCUUUGGUUUAUUUUUGAUUUUGUGCAUUAUUGCCAUAAAGGAGACAUACUCGCAAGAUUCGAUAUUGAUAUGUCCAGUACCUCCAGCAACUGGUUUAGAGCCAGAAGAUACAUGUAACGAUGAUGGUGACUGUGCUCCUGGUCAACGUUGCUGUCAAGCACAUUUAGAGAGAAACACAAGAACGUGUAAGCGUGCAUUAUCACAAGGGCGAGGAGAAAAGGGGGAAAAGGGAGAUCAGGGACCCCCUGGCUCAAAGGGAGGAAAUGGACCUCGAGGUCCUAGUGGAGAUAGUGGACCUGAUGGUCCACCUGGAGAAACCGGAGCUCGGUGUAAUUGGCCAACCAGGUCCUCCGGCCGGAGGACUUCCAAAUCCUGAUGACAAUGAACAAGAUAACCGUGGUAAAGGACCUUCUCCCAGUGUAAAUGUCCCAGGACCUCCUGGACCACAAGGACCUUCAGGUCCUCCUGGACAACCUGGACAACCUGGCCGUGAGGGCUCUAGAGGUGACAAUGGUAAUCCUGGUAAUCCAGGUCCAGUUGGAGAUCCUGGUGAGCCUGGUUUAAAGGGAGUUAAAGGUGCAAAUGGAGCUGCCGGACCUCGGGGCCCUGCUGGAGAGGAUGGUUCCCCUGGUGAAGGCGGUGUUGAUGGUCAAGCUGGUCUUCCUGGUAACAGAGGUCGCCAGGGAGUGCAAGGUUCAAAGGGUGCUCGUGGAGCUACUGGAGAAGUUGGUGAAGCUGGAGAAGAGGGUGCUGUGGGUGAUACUGGUGAUGCAGGUGAUGCUGGUAGAGAUGGAAGAGAUGGUAAACCUGGUGAGCCUGGUCAACCUGGUGCUAAGGGUGCGAGAGGCUCUAAGGGCCCACAGGGUGCCCUCGGUGUAGCUGGUACUUCUGGCGCUCCUGGAGGACAAGGUAUUGCUGGUGCUCCAGGUCUGGCUGGAGGAGCUGGUGCUCCUGGUGCUCCUGGUGAGAAAGGUGAAGUUGGUCAGGAAGGAAGUUCUGGCAAGCAAGGACGAGUUGGCGAUCCUGGUACACGUGGAGUUAAGGGUUCUAAGGGUGCUGCAGGCGCCGAAGGUUUACAAGGCGGUCCUGGACCAAAAGGAGACAGAGGUGCAAUUGGGCUACCAGGACCAACAGGUUAUCAAGGAAGCUCUGGUAAUCAGGGGCCCCCAGGACCCCCAGGUUCUCCAGGAGCACGCGGAGAGAGGGGUCGCGAUGGCAGCUCCGGACUUCCUGGUCCUGUUGGACCGAAAGGAAAUCAAGGAAAUAUUGGCCCACCUGGUGCAGUUGGAGAUCCUGGUCUUUCCGGACCAUCUGGUCCUCCAGGUCGCGCUGGGCGUCAAGGUAAUCCUGGUCCUGCUGGAGAGAAGGGUGAUGCUGGUUUGCCAGGUGCCGUUGGACCAAGUGGAGCUGCUGGAGCCAAGGGAGAGCAGGGUGCUCAAGGUUUGCGAGGUGAUGUUGGAGCAAAGGGAUUGAGGGGAAGAGCUGGUGCUCCUGGUCCCAAGGGUCUCGAAGGCUCAAGGGGACCACCAGGACCUUCUGGACAGAACGGUGUUGAUGGUAGACCUGGUAGUGUGGGUGCCGCAGGUAGCCAAGGUCAAGUUGGAGCGCCUGGUGUUGCUGGCCAAUCUGGAGCUCAAGGACCACCUGGUCCCAUAGGACCUAAAGGCCAGAUGGGUGCAAGUGGUAUUAUUGGUGAUCCCGGACCAGACGGCUUAAAGGGUGAAAAGGGUGAUCAAGGUGUUGCCGGCCCUCAGGGACGUCCAGGAGCUGAUGGUGAGGAUGGAAAAGAUGGUGAACAAGGUUUGCCAGGUGAUAUUGGCCCACAAGGAGCUCAGGGUGCUCGUGGUCAACAAGGUAUUCAAGGGCCCCCUGGUCCAGGUGGCAACAAAGGGUACCAAGGACCUGACGGCAACCCAGGGGAGCGUGGUGAACAAGGUGCUAUUGGAGAACCAGGAGAACAAGGUUCAGCUGGGCAUCCGGGUUCACCUGGUAAGCAAGGUCCUGUUGGUGAGGCUGGAUCUGAUGGUCAACCGGGAGCACAAGGUCAACCUGGGGCAGCUGGAUUAAUGGGCCUUCGUGGUAGCCUUGGGGCACCCGGGUCUCCUGGUUUACCUGGUGAUAACGGAGAAAAAGGUUCCAAGGGUUCUAAAGGUAAUCCUGGACGUAAUGGGAAACCUGGUAGUGAUGGACGACCUGGUAGAAAUGGUAACCCCGGUGCUCAGGGACGUCCUGGUCCAAGUGGCCCCAAGGGUGAUUCUGGUGAACCUGGAAGUCGUGGAGCCGACGGUUCUCCCAGUUCAAGAGGUCCACCAGGUCCUGAAGGUCCUAUUGGAAAUGCAGGAGAAGGUGGUGCACCUGGUAUUCAAGGUCCUAUUGGUGCUAAAGGCGCGCGUGGUAAAAAGGGAUCAAAGGGAGAAAAAGGUUAUAAAGGAGAAAUGGGAGGAGCUGGUACACCUGGUGGUGAGGGAGAACAAGGUGACGCAGGUGACGCUGGUAAUCCUGGAUCAAACGGUAUUCCUGGAUCCCCAGGACUCCAAGGAGCCCGCGGUGAACGAGGUCCUAUUGGUGCACCGGGAUCACCUGGAUUGCCUGGUUUGGCUGGAGAUGAUGGAUUACCUGGAGCUAAGGGAAACCGUGGUCCACCUGGUCCUGAUGGUAAGACCGGUCCUCCUGGACCUCCUGGUAAUAAUGGUUAUGAUGGAAUUCCUGGACCCAGUGGUGAAAUUGGUCCUGUUGGCGAACCAGGUGAACCUGGCCCACCUGGUGAACCUGGUCGAAAAGGAUCCCAGGGAUUUCCUGGCCCACAAGGCUUGCAAGGGGCAACAGGACCAGCUGGACCUAAGGGUGAAACUGGAGUUCCUGGAUCUCUUGGUAAAACUGGUGCUGAUGGUGAAAAGGGUUAUGCAGGUCGACCUGGUGAUAAUGGUCCUAAUGGUGUGGACGGUGAAGAUGGAAGUGAUGGAGAAAAUAGCGAAGAACCUGGUGAAGCAGGGCCUGCAGGCAUUCCCGGACCACCUGGACCACCAGGGAAUCAAGGUUCUAUAGGUGGACCAGGUGCUCAAGGUCCUCAAGGACAAGAGGGCUUACAAGGAGCAGCGGGUGAAGGCGGCAGCCAGGGUUUACAAGGUCCCAAAGGACAGAAAGGUCAAGCUGGUGUUGAGGGCGCAGAGGGAGAUCAAGGAACACUUGGCGAAACGGGUAUAGAUGGUGAUGAUGGUGACAAGGGACCAAAGGGUGACGUUGGUGCACCUGGUGUUCGAGGACCACAAGGACCACCUGGUCCACCUGGUGAAAACGGAAAUUCUGGUCUCCCUGGACCUACUGGAGAAGAUGGACCACCUGGUCAAAGUGGAAAGAAUGGUCCGCCGGGAGCUCCUGGUAUUGCUGGUCCUGAAGGACGAACGGGUCCUCCUGGAGCUGAUGGACCUGUUGGAAGAACUGGUUCAACUGGUCCACCGGGACCACCUGGUGACGCCGGUCCAAGAGGUCCACCCGGUCCACCUGGUGUUCUAAUCAGGCAAGAGAGUAAUAGCGAUGUAGUAAAAGGUCCUCGGUAUUAUUCCAGCAAACAGGAUAUUGGCAGUGAAAAUAAAUUGCCCGACGAAAUGGAUGCCACUCACAUGGGUGGACUGACAAAAGAAGCCCAUGAAAUUCUUGAACUUAUUGACAAAAUGGACGGAAAAUCUCCUGCAACUGCUGCACGAUCUUGUCGAGACUUAAAACUUGAAUACCCUGAUAUUACCGAUGGUGUUUACUGGGUCGAUCCUGACUGGGGUAGCCAUGGCAAUGCCUUCCAAGUAACUUGCAACUUCACUUUGAAAGAAACAUGCGUAAAGUCUGUGAAUGCAAAACGACUGAAUAAUGAUGAAGAGUUCCAAUACACUGAAGAAGUUCAAAUGACUUUCCUUCGGUUGUUGAGUAGUACUGUUCGUCAACGAAUAACUUAUCACUGUAAAAACUCGAUGGCCUUUGAUGGUAAACUUAAAUCCAUCAACUUGAUUGGAGAAAAUGAAAUUGACAUUCACAUGAAUAGUCCACGAAAAUACAGACCUACUUUGAUUGAAGAUGGUUGUAAGCUUACUGAUGGUGUGUGGCAUAAGACAAUAUUCGAAGUUAAAACUCAGCAGAAACAACGUUUACCUAUUAUCAAUGUGACGCCAUUCGACACUGGCUUCAAUAAAGAAUAUAUGAUCGAAGCUGGAGAUGUGUGCUUUUUAUGGUAAAUUACCCAACACAAAGCUGGGCCUGAUUAUUCGCGAAACAUUCGUGUGAACGUGAAAAAUGCAGGCUAGAAACAAAACGAAAAUUUCUUAGUUGAAUAAAUAUAACAAUUGAAACUAUAUUUUCUGUACAUUUCAGUGUGUGUAGAAUUGUUAGAAAUAUAACAUGUCUUGUAUUUGUUCGUUAUUUGUGUGGAAAAAACCAACUUGCAACUGGUUUUUUAUUGCGAUUUGUUGCUGGCGGUGCAUACAUUGAUAGUUAGAAAUCGAAAGUUAGUUUAUACCAUUAAAAUUUUAUACCAUUUAAAAA